AUGGCUGCUGUAUCUGUUGCUCCUGCAUCUGUCCCAUCUGCUCCACCAAAGGAAGCUAUAGAUGGUAAGCUACUCCCUGGUGAACAUACCCUUCCUGCUAGUUGGUGGAAGUCGGAGAAGAUCUUUGAAUUGGAAAAGAGAGCGAUUUUCAAUAAAUCAUGGAUGUACUGUAUUCAUGAGUCUAGAUUCAAGAAGGCUGGAGACUACUUCUCAUUCACCGUUAGUGGUAUCAACUUCUUCAUAAUCAAAUCGAAGGUUGAUGGACAAUUGAAGGCUUUCCACAAUGUUUGCCGUCACAGGGCUUAUCCUGUUAUAAGAAAGGAGAAGGGAUCUUCAACCAUUAUCGGCUGUAAAUACCACGGGUGGUCCUACAACUCAGAUGGUCAAUUAACCAAGGCCCCACACUUUGAGCAAGUGGAAGGAUUCAAAAAGGAAGAAAACUCUUUGUUCCCAAUUAAAUGUCACACCCAGAAGGAACUGGGAUUGGUUUUUGUUAAUUUCAGCAAUGAGGAAAAUGUCCCAGAUUUUGACGAAUGGUUCACAGGUUUGAACCAAGAGAUGACCGAAUUCGACUUCACUGAUUAUGAGUACCACAUGUCGUACGAAUUAGAUGGUCAAUUCAAUUGGAAGACAUUAAUGGAUGGAUACCAAGAAUGUUACCAUUGUCCAACUGCCCACCCUGGUUUAUCUACCGCAUUUAAGAUGGAAACCUACAAAGUGGUGCCAAAGGGUAGAUACUGUAGACACUACGCCGAAGUUGUUAAGGAAGAAAUUGAGAUUCCUGAUGACGACGCAGACGCCGAUGAGGAAUCUUCAUGGUUCGGUUUUGGUAAGAAGAAAUCAGCUGCAGCAGCGGAAGCUGCUGCAGAAGCCGAAAGGAAGAUGAAAGCCAAGAAGGAAAAUCCAGGUGGUGAAUUCAAUGGAUUAUGGGUGUACUUAUUCCCAAACCACGGUAUUAACUGCUACUCUCCAGCCUGGUACUCAAUCAGAGUGUUGCCACUUAGUCCAAACCAUACUAUUUUGCAAUAUGAUAUCUAUACCAAGAAGGGUUUAGCCGAAGACAAGAAGAAAGAAUUUGUUGAUUUCUUGCAGCUUGUUGAAUUGGAAGACUUCAACUUGUGCCAAUUGACCCAAAAGAACUUGGAUCAAGGUGUCUACAACUCUGGAUACUUACACCCAACCAAAGAAAGAGGUGUGUUGCAUUACCAAGGAAUUGUUAGAGAUAUGGUCAAGGAGCAUUAUGAAUUAGAGAGUAAGGCUGGAAAGCCAAUUAACCCUGCAUUUGUAGGUGGAAACUCUAUUAAUGAAAGUGUUAAGGAAUUGGAUGAAAUCUGCAGCAAUUUAGAAUGUGGCAGCGGAGAAGGUGAUAAGGGAUUAGAUUGGUAA